UGGGGGUGGGCGAGCCUCUGGCAGGCAGCGCCUCUCACUGCAGCUCCUCUCCGCCCACAGCUGCCGCCGCCAUGCACUUCCCUCAGCACAGCAAGCGGGUCCUGGAGCAGCUGAACCAGCAGCGGCAGCUCGGCCUCCUCUGCGACUGCACCUUCGUGGUGGACGGCAUCGACUUCAAGGCCCACAAGGCGGUCCUGGCGGCCUGCAGCCAGUACUUCCGGAUGCUCUUCGUGGACCAGAAGGACGUGGUGCACCUGGACAUAAGCAACGCGGCAGGUCUGGAGCAGGUGCUGGAGUUCAUGUACACAGCCAAGCUGAGCCUGAGUGCGGAAAACGUGGACGACGUCUUGGCCGUCGCCAGCUUCCUCCAGAUGCAGGAGAUCAUCACCGCCUGCAACACUCUGAGGGCUCUUUCAGGGCCGGCGGAAACCAGCCCAGGCCAGGAGAGCCCCUCGCUGGCUGGGCAGGAGAAAGCAGCUGGAGCAAAUGCGGCGGUGACGGGCACCCUCUGUGAGGCAAAGGAGGCCCCCGAGGCCCCGUCCGAAGGGCUCAAGAAGGAUGAGGCCGCGGAUCUGGCCGAGGGGCUGGCCGGCGAGUCAGCGGGAGACAACUGCCUGGGCAUGCCCGAGAACCCGCGUCCAGACAGUCCGUCCCUGGCCGACAGCAGCUCUCCUUCCAAGCCCCCCUCCUCCGGGGCCACCGAGCCUGGCGCCCCAGCGCUGAAGCUCCCUGCGGAGCUGGAGGUGGAGCUGGAGGAGCGCGACAGCGAGCCCCUCUCGGAGGCAGAGGCCGCCCCUCGGACCCCCCCCGAGCCGAAGAGGGCCCAGCUGGCGAACGGCAGUGCCCCCGAGGAGAACGAGUCCGGAGGCACCGACUCCGGGCAGGAGAGCAGCGCCAGCGAGAUGCGGCUGCUGCGCUCUGGGACGUACAGCGAGCGGACGGAGUCCAAGGCCUACGGCUCGGUCACGCACAAGUGCGAGGACUGUGGGAAGGAGUUCACGCACACGGGCAACUUCAAGCGGCACAUUCGCAUCCACACCGGGGAGAAGCCCUUCUCCUGCCGGGAGUGCACCAAGGCCUUCUCUGACCCAGCCGCCUGCAAAGCGCACGAAAAGACACACAGCCCCCUGAAGCCCUACAGCUGUGAGGAGUGUGGCAAGAGCUACCGCCUGAUCAGCCUCCUGAACCUGCACAAGAAGCGCCACACGGGCGAAGCCAAGUACCGCUGCGAGGACUGUGGCAAGCUCUUCACCACCUCCGGCAACCUGAAGCGCCACCAGCUGGUGCACAGCGGGGAGAAGCCCUACCAGUGCGACUACUGUGGCCGCUCCUUCUCCGACCCGACCUCCAAGAUGCGCCACCUGGAGACGCACGACACAGACAAGGAGCACAAGUGCCCCCACUGCGAGAAGAAGUUCAACCAGGUGGGGAACCUCAAGGCCCAUUUGAAGGUCCACAUUGCGGACGGGCCGCUGAAGUGCCGGGAGUGCGGGAAGCAGUUCACCACCUCAGGCAACCUCAAGCGGCACUUGCGCAUCCACAGCGGAGAGAAGCCCUACGUCUGCGUGCAUUGCCAGCGCCAGUUUGCUGACCCGGGAGCUCUGCAGCGCCACGUCCGCAUCCACACGGGUGAGAAGCCGUGCCAAUGUCUGAUCUGUGGCAAGGCCUUCACCCAGGCCAGCUCGCUCAUUGCGCAUGUGCGCCAACAUACGGGGGAGAAGCCCUACGUCUGCGAACGCUGCGGCAAGAGGUUUGUGCAGUCAAGCCAGCUCGCCAACCACAUUCGCCACCACGACAACAUCCGGCCCCACAAGUGCAGCGUCUGCAACAAGGCCUUUGUCAAUGUGGGGGACCUUUCAAAACACAUCAUCAUCCACACAGGUGAGAAGCCCUUCCUCUGUGACAAAUGCGGCCGUGGGUUCAACCGUGUGGACAACCUCCGCUCCCAUGUGAAGACAGUCCACCAGGGCAAAGCGGGGAUGAAGCUGCUGGAAGGUGGGGAAGGGGAUGAGCUGAACAUUGUGACCGUGGCCUCAGAUGAGAUGGUGACCCUGGCCACGGAAGCCCUGGCGGCCACGGCUGUCACUCAGCUCACAGUGGUCCCCGUGGCAGCUCCAGUCACGGCAGACGAGACGGAAGCGCUGAAGGCGGAGAUCACAAAGGCGGUGAAGCAGGUGCAAGAAGCAGAUCCCAACACCCAGAUUCUCUACGCCUGCGACUCAUGCGGGGAGAAGUUUUUAGAUGCCAACAGCCUGGCUCAGCACGUGCGCAUCCACACGGCACAAGCCUUGGUCAUGUUCCAGGCAGACACAGACUUUUACCAGCAGUACGGAGCCACCACGGCAUGGCAGUCUGAGCAGGUCCUCCACUCCGGCGAGCUCCUCUUCCGGCCACGAGACGGGCCUGAGGCGGCACCACCCUCCGUCACAGAUGGCCCACAGCCUGCGGAGGCGCCUGAUGCUGCGGAGUGACACGGCGCCUGGGGGCUUGUGUGUGUUUGUGUGCGUGGGUGGGUGCGAUUGGACUGGGCCAUCUUUGCAGUUGGGACUGCAGCUGGGUCUGCUGGGGGGCGCUGUAAGGGGGGGAUACUUAAAGGAGGCAAAGCUACAUCCGACUACUGUAAACAAAGAUAUUUCUGUAUGGGAGAGAAUCUACAUGUGUGUUAAUAUUUAGAUGAAAUA